CGUGCGAAAGCGGCUUUUGUUUGGUAAAAUUUGCAAGAUUUGCUUAAUUUAUUAGCCUAAAACCCACCGUACAACGUGGACGUGCCAUUUCAGUAGUUGUAGAAUUGAACCUUGACCUGGCGAGUUAAGUGCGGUGAAUGUGACAAAGAUAAAAAGACUAGUAAAAAGGGAGGAUUUGUGCGCGGUAAAGUGGCUGAAAAGUGGUUGUACAUCGCAAGCGGUACAAGAAGAGCGCGGAUAGGUACGUUUUAGAACAAUAGAACCUCUUGCUUGGAAAAGCGAUUCAAUGAGUGAUUCACCAACUACAACGAUGAACAACACUGCACGGAAUGUUAAAAAGAUCAGACGAGUUGGCAAGCCCUUGCCCAUGCCAACCACCUGGACAGAUAAGCUAGCACAUACGGUUAAAAGGUUCCCAUGCCUGUACGAUCCUGCUGCAGAUUUGUACAGAGAUAUGGCAGCGAAGAAUUUGGCAUGGAAAAAAGUAGGAGCUCAACUGGGGAUUUCCGGUGUCUUGGCAAAAAGAAAGUGGCAGUUGGCUCGAGACAAUUAUACACGCUUUAAACGAGCAUUGGAACGUUCACCGAAAGAUGUGACAGACAUAGAAACCUUCUAUAGAUGUUUUCGAUUCCUGGACACAUCUGGCCCGCGCAAUCUUGCAGCAAGCAGUCCUCGCAAUGUGCACCUAGAUAAUUCUAACGAACAGCAAGCCAGCAUAAUGAACAGGGUCGAGGCAUGGAUCGUACAGGAAGAUGUUGAAAGUAUCGACCAACAGGAAGUGCUCUCAAUGUGUUCGGUUAAAGAAGAAUCGUCAAUGUCGUCACCGGAGCGGCCAACCAGUCAUAGUUUAACAAUCGAUACGCCAGUCAUGAAUCGUUUAUGGGGACACCAGGAAGAGACAAACAAAUCGCCCGAUGGAUUGGACUUGCUGUUUAUAGGUUUUGUGCCAUCUGUCCGAAUGUUAGAGCCGGCCGCGCAAAACAAACUAAAUCUCCAAAUAGUGGAGCUUAUAGUCAAUGCUCAAAAUGAGGAGUUAUCAUAGGAAACGGAUACAGUUCUCAUAGGAAACAAUGGAGUACCUUGACUUUUAUGUCCUUUAAUGUUUUAUGACCUUGUUUUUUUUCUCAAACUACUAGUAUGGAUUCUGCAUACUGACUAUGAGUAGCAGCAACAGCAGCACGAUGGAAUUGCUGUGCCCUGCC